GUCCCCGCCAUGGCCGCCCGGGCCCCCCGCUUCCCUUCGGCCCUUCCAUCCGCCCGCCGCUCCCCGCCGUCCCCCGCCGCCCUCCUGCCCGUCCUGCUCCUGCUCCUGGCCGGCCCGCUCGGCGGGGCCCGCGCUUUGACAUGUCUGUGCUCUGACUGCAAACAAGCCAACUCCACGUGUGAGACGGACGGCGCCUGCAUGGUCUCAGUGUUCAACCUGGACGGUGUCAAACACCACGUUCGGACCUGCAUCCCUGAGGCAAAACUGAUUCCUGCUGGGAAACCCUUCUACUGUCUGAGUUCAGAGGAUCUGCGUAAUACUCACUGCUGCUACUCUGAUUUUUGUAACAAAAUUGAUUUAAUGGUUCCCAGUGGACACCUGAAGGACAACGAGCCCCCGUCGAGCUGGGGCCCGGUGGAGCUGGUGGCGGUGAUCGCCGGGCCCGUGUUCCUCGUGUUUGUCGUCAUGAUCAUCGUGGUCUUCGUGUUCCACCACCACCAACGGGUCUAUCACAACCGCCAGAGGCUGGACAUGGAGGAUCCUUCUUGUGAAAUGUGCCUUUCCAAGGACAAGACCUUGCAAGAUCUGGUCUAUGAUCUCUCCACCUCCGGCUCUGGCUCAGGCUUGCCUCUGUUUGUGCAGCGGACGGUGGCUCGGACCAUUGUCCUUCAGGAGAUCAUUGGCAAAGGCCGCUUUGGGGAGGUGUGGAGGGGCAGGUGGCGUGGGGGUGACGUGGCUGUGAAGAUCUUCUCAUCACGUGAGGAACGUUCCUGGUUCAGGGAGGCAGAGAUCUACCAAACAGUGAUGCUGAGGCACGAGAACAUCCUGGGAUUCAUUGCUGCAGAUAACAAAGAUAACGGGACAUGGACUCAGCUGUGGCUGGUCUCUGACUACCAUGAGCACGGCUCUCUCUUCGAUUACCUGAACCGCUACACGGUGACCAUCGAGGGCAUGAUCAAGCUGGCCCUGUCUGCUGCCAGCGGGCUGGCCCACCUGCACAUGGAGAUUGUGGGCACUCAGGGAAAACCUGGGAUUGCUCACAGAGACCUGAAAUCCAAGAAUAUUUUGGUGAAGAAGAACGGCACGUGCGCCAUCGCUGACCUCGGCCUGGCCGUGCGGCACGACUCCGUCACCGACACCAUCGACAUCGCCCCCAACCAAAGGGUUGGAACCAAACGAUACAUGGCCCCAGAAGUCUUGGAUGAAACCAUCAACAUGAAACAUUUUGAUUCAUUUAAAUGUGCUGAUAUCUACGCCUUGGGCUUGGUCUACUGGGAGAUUGCCCGAAGGUGCAAUGCAGGAGGUAUCCAUGAGGAGUAUCAGCUUCCCUACUAUGACCUUGUACCCUCUGAUCCUUCCAUUGAGGAGAUGAGGAAGGUUGUGUGUGACCAGAAAUUGCGGCCAAACAUCCCAAACUGGUGGCAGAGCUAUGAGGCACUACGGGUGAUGGGCAAGAUGAUGCGGGAGUGCUGGUACGCCAACGGAGCCGCUCGGCUCACUGCCCUCCGCAUCAAGAAAACCCUGUCCCAGCUCAGUGUCCAGGAAGAUGUGAAAAUUUAGGCUCUGAGCCUCAACAGGAGGAAACUGCACAGGAGCUGCUGUGCUAGAGUAGACAUGUGAUGGAGGCCUACCUCGUGUUUCAGCCCAACCUACUGCUACAACCAGACAGCGGGACCUGCAGGCUGCUAGGCAGGGGGACGGAGCCUACGGAACCGCUCUCUUCCCUGCUUGGGUAUGAAACAAUCCAAAACCUUUUUGUGAUCACCUCCUGAGAGCGUGGAGACUUGAAAGGGACUUCACCCGAGGGAUCUCAGCCAUGAUCCUAACUCUUUGUUCCUUUAAAGGAAAUCCCUGUAAAGUUGAGUGUGCGUUGAGCACCCGUUGAUGUGCUCGGUGCCGGGAGCGGGAAGGGAAAGGGAAGGUUUUUCUUGCCGUACUCUCGUACUCUCGAGGAUUUUUCCAGGGACUGGCACGUUGAUGCAGAAAAAGCAAAACAAAUGGUGCUCUCUUCCAAGAGGCUGAGCCGGAACAGUUGAUCAGCUUCACAACAACCGUUCUCCCUCCUUUUCUUAAGCUUGAAAAAAUCCAACUGGGCUCCGUGCCGGGGCCGCCCCGGUGUGUGCAUGCGCGAGGCGCGCGUGUCCCCGUGCCUGGUCAUCUCCUCCAUAGCCGUGCGGUGUCUCUGCCUGUGGGUGGCUCAUCUCUGUCCGUGCUUCCUGUGCAUGUGCAAAUCUCGAGUGUCCCGUUUGUGAGCUGUUUGCUGGUGCUCUCCGUGCUGAGUCGUGAGCCUCGUGGAGCUUGGACAGGCUGCUGCAGAGCGGAUCCCCCCCGGCUCCCCGAUGGGCGCCGCCACAACGUCCCAUCAGGUUGCCUCACUGCCACCCUUUCCCUUUUUUUUAAGAUGAAACAAAUAAGGAACUGAGAAUCACUCCUGGAAUCCAGGUUUUUUUUGUCUUGAGCCCCUGGGGUUUGUAAUUCUGGGUAGAGGGGAGUGAGUUGUGUCAGAGGUGGAGCAGGCGCUGUGGGGAGUGCAGGACUCAGUUCCCAACUCCAGCACCCAGGCAGAUUUCUGGGGACUUGAUGAUGCAGCAGGGGACAGAGUGGCUGGACAGUGGCCUGGCUGAAUAUGAGCCAGCAGGUGGCCAAGAACAUGCCCAGGUGGCCAAGCAGGCCAGUGGCUCCUGGCCUGGAUCAGGAACGGUGUGGCCAGCAGGAGCAGGGAGAUCUUCCUCUGUACUUUACAUUAGUGAGGCUGCACCCUUCCCUUUUUUUAAGAUGAAACAAAUAAGGAACUGAGAAUCACUCCUGGAAUCCAGGUUUUUUUUUUGUCUUGAGCCCCUGGGGUUUGUAAUUCUGGGUAGAGGGGAAUGAGUUGUGUCAGAGGGGGAGCGGGUGCUGUGGGGGAAUGCAGGACUCAGUUCUCCUGGGAACACAAUUCCCAACACCCAGGGAGAUUUCUGGGGAUCUGAUGAUGCAGCAGGACAGAGUGGCUGGACAGUGGCCUGGCUGAACAUGAGGCAGAACAUGAGCCCAGGUGGCCCUGGAUCAGGAAUGGUGUGGCCAGCAGGACCAGGGAGACCAUUCUUCUUCUUCUCUACUUGGCACUGGUGAGGCUGCACCUUUCCUUUUUUUUAAGAUGAAACAAAUAAGGAACUGAGAAUCACUCCUGGAAUCCAGGUUUUUUUUGUCUUGAGCCCCUGGGGUUUGUAAUUCUGGGUAGAGGGGAGUUGAGUUGUGUCAGAGGGGGAGCAGGCGCUGUGGGGAGUGCAGGACUCAGUUCCCAACUCCAGCACCCAGGCAGAUUUCUGGGGACUUGAUGAUGCAGCAGGGGACAGAGUGGCUGGACAGUGGCCUGGCUGAACAUGAGCCAGCAGGUGGCCAAGAACAUGCCCAGGUGGCCAAGCAGGCCAGUGGCUCCUGGCCUGGAUCAGGAACGGUGUGGCCAGCAGGAGCAGGGAGAUCUUCCUCUGUACUUUACAUUAGUGAGGCUGCACCCUUCCCUUUUUUUAUGAUGAAACAAAUAAGGAACUGAGAAUCACUCCUGGAAUCCAGGUUUUUUUUGUCUUGAGCCCCUGGGGUUUGUAAUUCUUGAUAGAGGGGAGUUGAGUUGUGUCAGAGGGGGAGCAGGCACUGUGGGGACUCAGUUCUCCUGGGAACACAAUUCCCAGUUCCAGCACCCAGACAGAUUUCUGGGGACCUGAUAGUGCAGCAGGAU